AAUGUUAUGCACCCCGCUUUCAUUCGUUGUAUUGUAAACAUUCCAAAUGUUUUGAAAGUUUAAUGUGAUAUGCUGACGAGCAAAUUUUUUCCAAGUAUUUUCGUGUUAUUUCAGUGUUUUAAAUCGUUCGAAUCACACAAUUCACAGCCACAUCCUACAAUGGCACAGGAGAAUGCAUUCCCAAAGACACUCGAAGGAUUCGGUUACGGUUUUAAUGAGGAAGGACAAUUACGACAAAUAGAUCCAAGCACUGGCCUGUGUACAGACAAGCCAUUCGAAUUUGCAAUAAGUUCGGAACACGAGCGCAAUCAAAAACAUUACGAGGCUCUCGGUGAGGUUAUCACAGAAUAUGUGUACGAGUUGCUCGAAAAGAAUGGUCUGCACAAAAUCCACGUUCCGUCGGAUGUUCCCGAAAGUGAAGCUACCUUUGUCUUUGCUACGAAACGAGAUUUGAACGACGUGAAAAAGUUGUUGAUAUUGAUUAAUGGCAGUGGAGUGGUCCGUGCCGGACAGUGGGCCCGACGAUUAAUUAUGAAUCAGUCACUUAACCAUGGAACUCAAAUUCCAUACAUAAAUUUAGCAAGGAAGAAUGGCUACGACGUUCUCGUAUUGAAUACGAACGACAAUGAGCGAAAUGACGAAGACAUUCCCGGCCACGCAUCUCCGUCAGAACAUGCCCAUUCGGUGUGGUCUCAGAUGAUAGCCGACGCAAACAUCGAGGGUAUUGCAAUCGUAGCCCACAGCUUCGGAGGCCAUGUUACAAUGGAUUUGGCUCAACAGCAUGUCGAGGCAUUCAAGAACAAAGUAUUUGCGGUUGGAUUAACCGAUUCCGUUCACAAUUCGAUUCCCCCGGCUAUUCGUAAACACAUGCAAAAGAUCUGCAGAAAUUGGGUAACAUCUGCCCAGCCGCUAAACACACCGUCCAAGUACCAACAUCCUCUUGAUGUACAGCGACUUUCUGCUGGCCACAAGGAACACGAAUGGACUUCAUGGUCAGCGAUGGAUGUGUUGUUUGAAUUCCUUGAGGAGCGAUACAAGAAUUUUGUUGAGAAUGAAAAGGCUGCAAAGGAGACCAAAGUUGAAUUGUAGUUUUGUUGAACGAACGUUUUAGGUUAAUUUUUUGAUUUAUGUGUGGUGACUGUCGUCACAUUUGCACUUUUUUAUAUUGAAUUCACAUGAAUAUUGAGGAGAAUGAUUGGAAUAAAAAACUGAGUUCAGGCUGUAACACAAAAGGUUCACGUGUCAAUCGCUGCAUCAUCACAGCUGAGCCAGUUUUAUCAGGAAAUCGAAGAUGACCUCUGAUCAACUGAUGUGUCGAAAACCUCAAAAUAAAAUCAAGCGAAUAUCACAUUGUACAUUACAGGAUACGGGAUGAGCAUUGAAGUCAAUAAAAUUC